AUGAUAUGUACAAUGUACUAUUGCAAUCAGACUAUUACCGGUUAAUAUAAUACACCAACUAUGAAUUAAAUAUUAAUGUUUAAUAUUAUUUAAUAUUAGUAACCUGUAACCUCAUACUAAUAAAAUUAGACUGAUAAAUCAGAAACAAUAUUAACUUAUUAGUUAAUAUUGUAGUUUAUUAAUCUCUAUUUAGUUUAUAGAUAUUCAACUAUACUUAUAACUUAAGUUAUAAUACUACAAGUCAUCAAGGUAUGAGCAAUUAGUAUAGUUUCCUACACACUACUCAUAUAAUAUACUAACUAAAGUUCUUACUGUUCGUAAAGUCAUAUAGAUAUUUAUAUUAUUAAUAAAUCAAGUAAUUCGUUAUCUUAUUGAUAAACACAUCAUGUAUUUAUAUGUUUGGAAUUUUAUUCUGGCGAUUUUGGUGGUAAGGGAAGCUAACUGUAUUGUGAUUGAUUUAUGUCAUGGUUAUCAAAAUCAAUCUACCACUUGUUGGACCGCAACGCAACGGUUCGAAAUAUUUGGAGAAAGAAGAGGCACAGGUCCUAAUGGAUGGUAUUCAACACAGAGCUUUUCAGUGUCCGAACAUUGUGGCACUCAUUUAGAUGCACCUUAUCACUUUUAUCAGGAAGGAUGGAAAUUGGAUGAAAUUCCAUUGGAACGUAUGGUAGUUGAGGGUGUGCAUCUAAAUGUCAGUCAUGAAGUCAAUGGAAAUAGUGACUUUUUACUUACAGUCGAUAAUUUGAAGAAAUGGGAACACGACAAUGGUCCACUUCCACACCGUUGUGUGAUAUUAGUCAAUUUCGGAUGGGCUCAUAAGUUUGGCAAUCGUCAACUAUACUAUAAUAAUGUUACCGAGCGAUCAUUAUUAAGUUUUCCAGGAUUAUCUAAAGAAGCAGCACAAUGGAUUGUCGAUUGCAAAAAAGUAUUCGGCAUAGGAGUAGAUGGUCCUAGCGUUGAUCCAGGCAUUUCAAAGUCAUCUGAUGUGCACAAAAUUCUAUCUAAAGCUAACUUAUAUAAUCUCGAAAACGUAGCUUUAAAUGGUACAACAUUACCACCGAAAGGAUUCAAACUUAUUAUCCAGCCAAUCAAGAUUAUUGGGGGUACUGGUGGACCAUGUCGGAUAUUAGCUUUUACAAAUAAUACAUUUGAAAAGUGAUUUAAACUUGACUUGACCCAUGCCUAUCAUUCAUUAUUCAUCGUUACCAAGACACCAAAAUAAGUCAUAUCUAGCUACGAAUGGAAAAUGACGUAUAACAAGUCGUCUUCGUAAUUUCUUCCAAGUUAGGUAAAUUUUGAUGUAUAUUUGUUAAAAAUAAUAAUAAAUAACAACAAUUUGA